UAAAAAAUUGUUAUUAAAGAAAAUUCAGACGUUAUGGAGAUAGUGCAACAGAUUUUAAUUUAGCGACUAAAAAUGCUUUAGGAAUGCAUAGUCCGGUUCACUGAGCCGAAGAAAAAAAAAUUGUGGUCCUGUGUUUAUCUAAUAUCGUAAGUCAUAUGCCAGUACCCCAAUAGUCACUUUCUUGAUCUUUUGCUCACAUGAACAUUAAUUAGUAAAGCGUAAUUUUAACAAUGAUUCAUCACUAUCAUUUAAUACAGGAUAAUAAAAGCGUACUUUUCGUCGUUUUCACGAAAAGUCAUAAGUGUUAUAUUGGUAAGAAGAUGACUUACUUCCCACUGAAACGAUUUGUCAUUAAUUUAGAUAAUUAACCUUUCUACUCGUAUAAGUUUUAGUGUCAUAAUACGCAAAACUGUAUGAGAAACCUUUAUAUACACAUCUUUGAAGCAUAUGCACUUUUAAUUAUUUUUUAGCCGAUACCUAAAAUUUAUUUUUUAAGAUGUUUCAAAGAAUCUAUAGAAAGUAAACGCUUUUUAAUACUUAAUAAAGAAACUUUGUUAUGCUCUUAAUAAACACUAUACACUCAAGUUAGUGGAAUCUCUUAACUUUGAGUAAUAAAAAAAUUAUUGUCCACUGAACCAUAUAUAAUUUGUCGCGUUCUCACAACCAUAUUGAAGUGUUAAUGUUGACAGGAGAGGACGUCUACCAAAGUGACAUAGUGGAAGGGGUACACAUCGUAUAAAGGCGUACAUGACAAUUAAAAUGAUCAGUCUUAAAAUUCUUCUUAAUCUAUCGAGCAUUCCGAGUUCAUUUUUGAUAUAUGUGUGUUGGAUCACAUCGGCAACUGAAAUUUUUAAGUCAUUACAAAUUUUUUUUUUUUUGCUUUAGUGCGUUUUAUAAUUCAGGAAAUUGGUCGUUAUUAAGUUUGUUUUUAACGGCGCGAAAAAUACAUUUUAAAGUAAUAAAAACGAAAAUUUUCAAAAAAGAAAUUUUAUCAGAUUGCAUUUAUGCGUUACGUCAGGAAAACCAUAAAAAUUAUUCAAUUACAAUUUCGUACCUUUUUAUUAACUUUAAAUCACCACGUGAAUUCGGUUGAGUUAUUCAAUUGUCCUUUCAUUAAAAAGUGUAUUCGGAUAAAUUAUCAAUAAUAUUAAGAGACAAUAUUUAAGAAUUUCAAAGAUGAGAUUGCGGCUCUUUAUAUUGUUUCUGGCGCUUUCUGCCUCGUCAGCGGAGCAACGAGUGAAAAAAAUGGAAGAUGAAGAAUGCCUCAAGGAACAUCCUAGUUUAUUAAAUUAUUUUUCAUGGGAAGAUUAUGCUGUAUUGUCUGCGAUGUUAAUCAUAUCAUGCCUAAUUGGUACAUUUUAUGGAUUUUUCUCAAAGAAACAAGAAACCAGUGAUGACUUUUUAUUAGGAGGUUCCAGUAUGGGAACUUUUCCAAUGGCGAUGUCAUUGGCUGCAAGUUUUAUUACUGCCAUUGAAUUGCUCGGCAAUCCUGCCGAAAUGUAUACACACGGCACUCAGUUUUGGAUGACGUGUCUAGCAUUCAUUCUGGUUGUUCCCAUAACAUCUCAGUUAUAUUUGCCAGUUUACAUGAAACUCAGAUUGACUUCAAGUUACGAAUAUUUAAAUUUACGCUUUAAUCGACACUGCAGACUUUUAGCGAGUAUUCUUUAUAUGUUCCAAAUGAUUUUGUAUACUUCAGUGGCUGUCUACGCACCAGCGCUAGCAUUGAGUCAUGUUACAGCUUUAAAUACUUAUAUUGCUGUUACUCUAGUCUAUGUAGUGUGCAUUUUUUACGCAUCCCAGGGUGGUAUGAAAGCUGUUAUAAUGACAGACACUUUUCAAGCUGCAGUUCUUAUGGGUUCCUUAUUUCUAAUUGCUGGCUUAGGUGUAUCCUGGGCUGGAGGAUUUUCUUUAGUGUGGAAUGAUAAUCUUCAGUCUGGAAGAAUUGAGAUUUUUAACCUUGACCCAUCACCCACUGUCAGACACAGUUUUUGGAGUGUUGUAGUGGGUGGAACUUUUUAUUGGGCUACUAUGUUUUGCAGUAAUCAAGCCUCUAUUCAGAAGUACCUCAGUGUCGAAAGUAUUAGUCAAGUUAGGAAAGCGUUAUGGGUGUCCUCAUUGGGAUUAAUAUUAAUUUACACAAUAAAUUUUCUGACUGGAAUGGUUUUGUACUCCGUUUACAAAAAUUGUGAUCCAUUACAAGCGGGACAAAUCACAGGCCAGGAUCAGUUACUUCCGUUAUACGUAAUGAAUUUCAUGGGAAAUUUGAAAGGAGUACCUGGCUUUUUUGUUGCUGGUAUAUUUGCCGCUUCACUGGGAACUGUAGCUAGUGCCCUUAAUUCACUUUCUGCCAUUACAUUUGAAGAUAUUUUUCAAGGAUUAUUCAAUAUCACAUUACCAGCUAGUAAGGGGGCACUUUAUGCUAAAUGGAUUAGUAUAUUCUUCGGAGCUUUAAGCUUCGCUUUAGUAUUUGUAGUGGAACGACUCGGUGGUGUACUUGAGGUUGCUUUAUCGUUCAACGGGAUGGUUGGCGGUGUAACUCUUGGACUAUUUUCUCUGGGGAUGUUUGUUCCUUGGGCCAAUGCAAAAGGAGCUAUGGUCGGAGCAAUUACAGGUAUAGCUUUAGUAGGAUGGAUUGGAUUGGGAGCACAGAUUGCUACAAUAAAAGGAGAAAUUCAUUUGGAAGGAAAACCAAUAUCAAUUGAUGAAUGUCCUUGUGGCAAUGAAACCAUGUCGAAUUUGAUGCAUUCUGUGGAUUCUUCAUCAGAAGUUUGGUCCAUAUACAGAAUAAGUUACCUAUGGUACAGUGCAAUCGGUUGUCUAGUGACAGUUUUUGUAGGAAUUCUUGUAAGUUACGUAACUGGUUUUCAAGAUCCAGCUGAAUUAAAUUACGACCUACUUAGUCCUCCAGUAAGGCACAUUUUGGGACCUCCUACAAAGCCAAGAAAAGUCAGCCAAAUUCAAGGAAUUACAAAUUUAGCCCUGGAAAUGAAUGACGAGAAAAUACAGAUAGAGAAUGAAAAGAAAACUAGAUUGUGAUAAAAUUUAAAUCACUUGAUUCAGACUCAUGCUGAGAUAUGAGAAAUUCAUGUCUGAAAAUUUUCACGUUCAAUUAUCAGUAUUUUAUAUUAGAAUCUUAAAGUACAUUUUCUUACAUCGAAACAUAAAAAAGAAAGUAAUUUAUAAAUGAAUUAUUUUCUUUGACAAUUUAUUGAAAGGAUAUUUUUUACUCCACAGACACGAACAUUGCAUUUUAAAUAGCUGCUAACAGGGAGUGAUCUUUGUUUUACAAGUGUUCUGUUUGCCUUAGGUCGAAUAUUUAAAUUUAAUCUGGUUUCGAAAGAUCCUAAUGAAAGUGUCCUUAGUAGAUUUUUUCUUCAAAAUUCCACAAUUUUAAUUUGAUGAAAUUUCUGUAAAAAACUAUUAUUAGUUUCGAGUAAAUCUACAUGAGGUAUCUUAUGGACUUGACUCUGACACGAAGCUUUUGACUUGCUUUACCUCAUGAUGAAAAUGUCGAUGUACUUUUUACAAGAUUCUUUUAAGAAUAUUUAAUUUAUUCUCUCUUAAAGUUGUCUUAAGAGUUUUAGAAGGUCUUUGAAAUUUUUUCAUUAUAAGAUCUCUAAUUAUUGCCUAACAGAAACAGUAUUGAUAGACUUCAAGAGGAGUUUUACAGACACUUUUAUCAUUGGUAUUGGCUUAGCAAUUUUUCGUCAUUUGAACUACUUACUACCAUUUCUGUUGGACGAAAAUCAGAGUUUUUAAAUAACCAAAAAAUUUCAGAGACAUUUGAACACUCUUGAGUGUUCCUAAAUUAUAUAAAACUUGCGUUAUUGUACAGUAAAAAUUACUGUUUGUAGACGUGUCGUCAGUAUUUAUUAUUUAUAAUAUUAAAAAAAAUAACUUGCUUCUGUGAAUUACCUACCCUUUAUAGUAUUUUGACGCUAAAAUGAAGGAAGAAUUCAAAAUACUUUAAAUCAUAAUAAUCAUAGAAAAGUUCCUUCUUUUUUCAUACAUAAGUAAUCUUUGUAACACAUUCUCUAUCAUUGUAGAAUAAUAUCUACACGAUAUUACGUACCAGUAUAUGAUAUUUUACAUUUCUACACAAAUACUUAAUUAAAUUAAAUAGUACACAGAAAUAAAGCAUUUUAGGCGAAAGCAAUAUACUGAGCUGUAAAUAUUACAUAUACUCACAUUAGACGGAGAAUUUCUUAAAACUUGAAAUUAAUUUGCUAAUUUCAACUUUUUUUUACCAAUAAAACCCAUUUUUGGAUUUUACUAAAUUUGUAAUUUGAACUAUAAAAAUUGUUGGCGAAUUAAAUAAAAUAUAGAAUCGGAUAAGUUGUGCCACAAAAAAUCCACUUUUUUUUGUUUCAUCGGUAUUUACCUCAUUAAAACUUCAUCUUGCAAGAUAAUUUGAAGUUUAAAUUCUCAGUGCAAUGUGGGACAACAAAUGAAUAAGUUACUAAAUGAAAAUUGUUAUGUAUAUAAGAUUUAUUGAAAUAAGAAUCAUGUAUAAACAUAAUUAAACGAUUUAUGCAAGAAGACAAGAGACAGAAGAGGCAAUUGGAGAGCACAUAAUCAAAAAGAUAGCAUGUUUAACGAAAUACAUUUUAAUUCUGACUCACCGCUAAACUACAAAAAAAAUGAUAUAAGGCUUCUGUCUCUUUUUUCUCUCGUAUACGGAAAAACGGUCGUCUGCUCACUAAUAAAUUAAUUUUUGAAUCUGACAUUAAUAAUCACCUGAAGAUAAAAAAAUUUCUUUUCUAAACAUUGUUUAAGAAAAUUUAUACAGCAAUAUUGUCUUUAUAAAUAUUUAAACAGUCAAAACUACUUUAACCCAAAUAUCACAAUAUUUGAACUUAUUGUUGGGCUCAAAUGUGCUACUUGGGAAGCUUUUAAUUUUUAUAUAUUUCAACUUGAAUUUAAGGGCUAAAAAUUAUAAAAACAAAAAUACAUUUUUGAAAAUAUUACUGUACGUCUUCAGACAAAUAUUAGUGGAUUGACCGAACAAAGUAUUAAUAAGUUUUCAUUCCUAAUUAUAUUAAGCAUUGUUAAAAUUUGUAUAUAGUUUUUAAUAUAAAGCCAUUUGGAUAUCUAUUUUAUUAAAAUAUGUUCCUAUUUGUUGUGCAUAUAGAAGUAUAUCUUUUAUGUAAACAUUGUACAACUGAUAGCACUGAGUACUUAUUAUGAGUUUUGUAAGUAGUACUUUAUUGUAAUAAAACAUGCAGAAAUAUGUUAUUAUUUAAUUAUA